UCGUAUUCAAAAUAAUUGUUAAAUGGUGACUACAAUAAAUUAAUGUCUACAGUAGUGGUUAAAACAUAGCUAAAAUUAUAUAGUGGCUUAUACUUUCUAAUAAACUAUUAUUAUGUAUUUAAAUAAGCCCGCCGUAUUAAAAAUAUCUGGCAAUCUUGCUGAAAACUUCAAAGCUUUCAAACAGGAGUUUCUUAUUUACUUCAAGGCUACUGAGUGCAAAUUGAAAAGUCCUGAAACGCAAGUGGCUAUAUUACUCAAUCUACUGGGAGUCGAAGGGCUUAAAAUAUACAAUAGUUUAAAAAUCAAAGAAGAGUCAGUUUUUGACAUUUUAGAUGCAUUGGAAGCAUAUUGUGAAAUUCAAAAAAACGAAUUAAAGAAACUCUUUACAUUUUUUACUCGCAAACAAGCUCAAAAUGAAGAUUUUAAUACAUUUUAUGCAAAUUUGAGUGAAUUGAUAAAAUUUUGUAACUUUGGGAAAUGUGAGGACAAGCUAUUAAAAGCACAAAUUAUUCUUGGAAUAGCUGAUAAAGACCUUCAGUCACAGCUCCUCAAAGAAGACCUCCCUUUGGAGAAGAUUGUUUACUCUUGUCAGGCGAUAAAACAAAAAACCCUUCAAGUGGACAUGCAAUUAAAUAAUAAUGAAAAUAAAGGAUCAAGCAGUCAAGGACAGUGUGACAAGAAAGAUCAUCUACAACCUACACAAGCUGUUUUCCGCUAUGUUGUUAACAACUUUAUCAAAUCAAAAAAAAAUAGACUUUCCCCAUCCUGUUAUGUCGGUAAUUUUUCUUGGAAAAUUAUGGUAAAGUGUACAGAGAAUGAUUCGGUUGGUUUAUUCCUACAGUGUAAUGCUGAUUCUGAUGAUAAGUUUUGGAGUGUUAAUGCAAAUGUUGUCCUCCGUUUGAUAUCUCAAAAAGAGGGUACUUUAAACAUUGAAAGAAAAUUUCAAAGUUUGUUUAAUCCAAAGAGGAUAAGUCCUGGCUAUAAUUCCAUAAUUUCUUGGAAAGACUUAUUUAAUGGUUAUAUUAAAGACGACACUGUUAUAUUUGAGGUUUUCAUAUGUGCCGUCUGCCGAUGUACCUAAUGAUGUUAGAUAUAAAAAAAAAACAAUGGCAUAAUACCAAAAUUGUAACCAAAUUAUAUGUACAAUUAUAAUAGUAAUAUAAUAAUAGCCUCAACAAGUCUAAUUCCAUUGAAAUACUAAGAUAUGUUUAUUUUAC